AUGUUAAGAUUAUCAGCAUUACCAAGCCCCAAACAACUUUCGACAUCAGUUGGAAAACUUGGGCAGUUGGAAUUUCUAGACAUUUCACUGUGCGAGAGCUUGGAAAAACUUCUGGAGGAAAUAGGUGAGCUCAAGAAAUUGAAAGAGUUUGACAUGAGAGAGUGUUAUCAUUUGAGGAGGUUUCCUAGUAGUGUUUGUGGACUAAGCUCCCUUAAACAUGUUAGCUGGAAUGAGAAUAUUGGGGACAAGUGGUUGCGAGCUAAAGCUUGUUCUAUCCCUGAUCUUAGAGGUGAAAUUAUGGAAGCACAAUUCACUUUUCCGAUGCUAACUUUUUAG